AUGUUUGUAGGGUUCCUUGGUUGCUAUGGUGCCAUCCAGGAAUCUCAGUGUCUCCUGGGAACGGUGAGUGAGUGACCACUAGAGGGCAGCAAACACACCGCGUCUCUAAGGGCAUACGCUCCAACAUUGGAGAGUAGCACGGCCCUAUAGCGCUCUCUCUCUCAGGAAUGGAAUAUAUAUUUUGUUAUCCAUUGGUUAGAACGUUAAAUGUGUCUUUUGCCUUUAUUAAAACAUCCAGAUAUACACACAUGUUGAGAGGCACAGGGUCAGCCGUAGUGCAGCGAUCCUAGAUGGACAGCAAUAUUGACAGACCUCUCAACACGGGAGAGUACCACAUCCUUACAGCUUUCCCUUUCAGUAGCACAGCCAUCUAUGUGUCUCUCUGUGUCUCUCUGUGUCUCUCUGUGUCUCUCUGUGUCUCUCUGUGUCUCUCUGUGUCUCUCUGUGUCUCUCUGUGUCUGUGUAACACCGCUCUCUUUCUCAGUAACACUGCCCUACAGCGCUCUCUCUCUCAGUAACACAGCCGUUCAACACACAGGAGAGUAACACAGCCUUUCAAAUCUCUGGGCCCAUCUCUCAAUAACAAACCCUCCAGUUCUCUCUUUCUCAGAGAACAAUCCUUUUUUGUGGAAGAUCAAGUUUUGGCCUUCAGUUAGGUAAAGCCCUGAGAUGACACUUAUCCCCAUGUUUAAAGCUUGACAAAUUCAUCUCUCUUUCAGUUCUUCUUCAUGCUGGUGUGCCUCUUCGCCUGUGAGGUGGCUGCUGGGAUCUGGGGAUUCAGUAACCGAGACACAGUAAGACACACGCACACACACGCGCACACACAUGCACACACACACACACACACACACACACACAUCGACUUUACCAGCUUUGCUAUCUUUGUUCGUUCCAGAUCUCCAAGGAGAUGAUUAACUUCUAUGAUGUGGCUUACAUAAAGUCAGUGGAUGUCGUAGACUCUCCCACCAAAACAGCUGCUAUCAAAGUCCUGGAGGUGUUCCAUGAGACUGUACGUCAUCCCUCUCACCUCUGGGUUAUUUCAUCAUCGUAUCAAUCUGUUAAAUGGAGUGUAGCAUAAUGUAGUAAUGUGAUCAUAAAAUAAUGUAGUAAUGUGAUCAUAAAGCAGUAGCUAUUCUUGUCGAUCCUGUGAUCAUAAUUGGCUGCGUUUACAUCUUUUUUUUUCUCCAUUAAUUGGUCAAUUGAACCAAUCAGAUCAGCUGUGAAAAAGAGCUUGUCUGAAAAGAUCUGAUGUGAUUGGUCAAAAGACCAAUUAGUGGGGGAAAGAAUAAUCAGAAUUGGGCUGCUGGAGUAAAUGCAGCCAAUGUUGAAAAUGUAUCUGUUAUUGUUGAGGGGAAAAAGAUGCACAUUAUAUUAUUUCAGAGUUAUUUCAUGAUAACCGUGGUCAAAUUUUUGGAACAAUAUAAAAUAUAUUCUCCUCAAUGUAAUAGUUGUACUGUGAUGGUUCUAUAGAACUGAGGGAGGUCUGGGGGAGAGAAAUGUCAAUCAAUUAAUCAAUCAAUCAAUUAAUCAAUCAAUGGCAUGACUGACCGGAUGUCUCUACCUGUGUCCUCAGCUGGACUGCUGUGGUAAAGGAGAUGAUUCCCCCUUAUUCAAACAAGUAGCCGGAGCCCUGUGUCCCAAGAAGACCCUGGACGAUGCCUUGUUGAAACCACAGGUACAGUUCACACAUCGCGUUGUUCCCCCAGGUCAAUGUCCAAUGAUUCGUAAGGGGUUGGGUUAAAUAUGGAAGACACAUUUAGGUUGAACGCAUUCAGUUGUGCAACUGACGAGGUAUCCCCCCUUUCCCUUUCCAAUGUUUUGAUAUUCAGUGAAAUAGUUCAAAUGGAUGUUUUGGAAUAUUUGGAUUGGCUAAAAAAUUGACGACCCAAAACAGCUUUCUCCCCUGGGAGGGAAUCAUAAUCAUUAUUACUGUAAAUCUCUACGUACUAUUUCAAUGAAUGCUUUACACAGCACAUUGGUAUGACGGACGGGGGGGGGGGGGGGGGCGGACGGACGGACGGGGGGGGGGGGGGGGCAACAGUUUAAAUGUUGGUCCCUUAAUCCCAUCACUAUGUUCCCCUCCCACUAGAGCUGUCAUCUGAAGCUGAAGGAACUGUUCGCUGAGAAGCUCUGCCUGAUUGGUCUAGCUGCCCUGGUGGUCGCUGUCAUCAUGGUGAGUAGUGUUACCGUGGAGACUGUCCUGGACCGCAGUUGGAUCGCUUUUCUGUUAUAUUCUGUAAUCCACCGCGCUACAGUAAACACAACUUUGGAAGCCUUUGACAGUUGCUAUCUGCACAGACAGAAAGGUUCUCCUGACCUCUGCUGUCCUGACUGAGUGCAGACAGAUGUUGAAUUCUUGAUUUUUUUUUAAAGGCCUUCCUCUUCUUCUCCCACUGUAGAUCUUUGAGAUGAUCUUCACCAUGGUUCUCUGCUGUGGGAUCCGCAACGCCACCCCAGUGUACUAG